AUGAGUGAAAGAGGACCAGAUCAAUGGUUGGAGCAGAUCAAGAAAUGUAUUGCAUUAUCUGAGUCGGACAUGAAACAAUUAUGCGAAUUGGUGAAGGAAUUGCUCAUGGAAGAGUCCAAUAUUCAACCAGUCCAAAGUCCUGUGACGGUCUGUGGGGACAUCCACGGGCAGUUUCACGAUUUACUAGAGUUAUUUCGUAUAUCAGGAGGGUUACCUAGGGAUGAUAACAAUGUCAGCUAUAUAUUUUUAGGUGAUUACGUUGAUAGAGGAUAUUUUUCCUUGGAAACAUUCACAUUAUUAAUGGUUUUAAAGGUGAAGUAUCCACACAGAAUAACAUUGGUUCGUGGUAACCACGAAUCAAGACAAAUUACACAGGUUUACGGUUUCUACGAAGAAUGUUUAACCAAGUAUGGCUCUACGACAGUGUGGAAAUACUGCUGCCAAGUAUUUGACUUUUUAACAUUGGCUGCAAUUGUGGACGGUAAAAUAUUGUGUGUCCACGGUGGUUUAUCACCCGAGAUCAGAAUGCUUGACCAGAUCAGAGUUUUAAGUAGGGCACAAGAGGUUCCGCACGAAGGGGGGUUCUGUGACUUAGUCUGGUCUGACCCUGAUAAUGUGGACACAUGGGCUGUAUCACCUAGAGGUGCUGGAUGGUUGUUCGGUUCUAAAGUCAGUCGUGAAUUUAAUCAUAUAAACAAUUUAGGUUUGAUUGCUAGAGCGCAUCAAUUAGUAAUGGAAGGGUUUCGAUAUCAUUUCAAAGAUAAAGAUGUGGUUACAGUUUGGUCGGCUCCAAAUUAUUGUUAUAGAUGUGGUAACGUAGCUAGUGUGAUGCAAGUUGAUGAAGAUUUGGAACCGAACUUUAAAAUCUUCAGCGCCGUUCAAGAUGGUGAUUUAACGGCAAAGAAUAAUCCUAAUAAACAACAAAGAAGUGAUUAUUUCUUAUGA